UACUCGUCCAGGUCCAGCUUCAUCUGCCGAGUGAUGGUUUCCUUCCUCCUCUCCGGGCUCAUAGCCGCCUUCGCCUUCCUGGCGAGCGUGUCCGCCUUCCCUCUGGAUUUGGACCAGCCCGAGUACGCCGGGCUGAACGAGCAGGCCCGCGAUAUCCUCAAGCGUGCGACGCCCGCUGCGCCGCGUUGGGUGAUCUAUAGUGACAAGUACGUCUCUGGCACCACAGGUCCGCCCCCGGUCUCCCAGGUUACGGGAUACAACGUCUUCGCGCUCUCCUUCCUGCUCAUUGAGGGUGCUUGGGACAAAGCUCAGGAGUGGACGACGCUCAGCGCCUCCGAUCGUUCUACUAUACUGUCUCAGUACCAUGCUGCCGGGAUUUCCCUCAUCGUCUCCGUCUUUGGAUCCACCGAUGUCCCCACUUCGAGCGGUGCGGAUCCCGUAAGCACUGCUGACACAAUAGCAGCCUGGGUCAAGCAGUACGGCUUGGACGGUGUCGACGUCGACUACGAGGACUUUAAUGCUUUCGAUGCCAGCACUGGAGCUGCCGAGACCUGGCUUAUCAGUUUCACGACGGAAUUGCGCAAGCAGCUUCCCUCGCCACAGUACAUCAUCACCCAUGCUCCGGUUGCUCCUUGGUUCUCCCCUAACGUGUGGAGCGGAGGAGGAUAUCUUGCAGUGGACAAAGCCGUUGGCAGUCUGAUUGAUUGGUACAACAUCCAGUUCUACAAUCAGGGAACCUCGGAGUAUACCACCUGCGCAGGCUUGCUUACUACUUCCUCGAGCACCUGGCCACAAUCUGCGCUCUUCCAAAUCGCUGCCAACGGAGUCAGCCUCAACAAGCUCGUCAUCGGCAAGCCCGCCACAACCGGUGACGCCAAUAACGGCUACAUAGAUCCGUCCACGCUCGCCACCUGUGUCCAGCAGGCCAAGAACCAAGGCUGGAGUGGGGGUGUGAUGGUGUGGCAGUUCCCCGAUGCCGCUGCCUCAUGGAUCUCGACGGUCCGGUCCGAGUCCUGGCCGGUGUGAAGUCUGUUCCUGCGCCGCCUCUGGCUGGACCGCAGCACUCGCAAGGAUUACCUCUCGUUACUCCGAGUAUCUCACGAACGGGCUAUUGAUUCCUCACUAGUCGACGCAAAUUGAGGGCUGUCGCUCGUUGUUCUGGGUGUCGCUUGUUAUUCUGGGUGUCUCGCGCAUGGGCUAUUUAUUACUUACUUAUCAAGAGGAAGAAUCGAGGUGUACUAGUUAGCAUUCAUUCUUUUGCAAGGGCUUACAUCGGCGAAAAG